UCAGUUGUUGUCGUUCCAAUCAGGUAGAAAUGUACUUGAUAUGCAAAUAUACGCAGAAUUAUUUGUCGAUAGUGAUGUUAAAGAAAAAUAUCUUUAUACGAAAUCAAAAGAGAAAACCCGUACUCAUCAACAAUAUUCAUAUUUGUUGAGAUAACAGGUCAAUUAAAAUGUCAGGGAAUCAAGAUGACAUUGAUGAUAAAGAAGAAGGAAAUAUUCAAUCAUCAGCUUCUGUACUUUCAGAUAUAAGUAUAUUAAAUAUAGCUAAAGCAUUAACUGAAAAUGAUAUGAGAGUAUUUUUAUUAUUAAACAUACCACUGACAACAUGUAUUAAUAAUUAUGAAGAAAUGCGUACAUUUAAUCAACGUGAAGCAGCAUUUAGUCAAAAAACAUUAAUGUAUUGGAAGAAAUUACGUGAAACAGUUAAAGAUGAUAUCAAAAUAGCUGAAUUAGAAUAUGCAUUAAGACAAUCGGAUCAUAAAGAAUUAGCUGAUAUAUUAGUUGAACGUAAUCGUAUGAAUUUAGAAAUUACACGUGAUUUAUUACAGAAAUAAAUUGUUCUAAGAAGGUUUGUUCUAUUGAUAUCUUACAACUUAUGUCGGUGUAUCCUUUCAUUCCAUUCAAUAACAUUCAUGACCUUUUUAUAAUCAAUAUACAUUAGAUUGGUGGACUAUGUGUUGCUUUUAUACUGUUUGAAGUUCACUAUAUCAUUUUGGAAUACUGAUGUAAUUUGAAUGUUAUUUGUAUAAUUGUAAACUGUUUGUACAAGGACUUUUGUAUAUUUUUAUAGUAUAUAAAUAAUAUAAGUAUUUCAUAAUACAGAUUUUGGAUAAACUGA